AUGGCCCGCAACCGCUACCACGCCGACUUCGUCUCCAUGCACGGCUCUCCGGGGGUGGCGCCGAAGGCAAUCUCGCUCGACUUCCAGCCAUCCGCGCACGUCCGCAUCGAGGCCGUGUCCGCGCACCGCAGCCUCGCAUGCUGCGCUGAGGCUGACAUGGCACGGCCACCCUGCUACUACGUGUGCAAGCCGGCCUCGCGGCAGUGGCGGGCGCUGCCGAGCCCGCAAGUAAGGUUCCGCACGGCGGCGGUCGCCAUGGUGGCCCGGCCUUCCGCCUCUAGCACCGCGGCGGAGUUCAAGGUCGUCAGGGCCGAGGCGUGGCAGCUCAUCGCGCUGCCGAGGGAGGUGGACGAGACGGACGACCCGUGGGCACGCAAGCGGAUCGCCGCCGUGGAGGGGAGGCUGUGCCUGCUGGUGCUCACGGACGCCGCUGUGGACGAGGCGCAGCCGCCCGCGAUGGCGUGA